GCUAUUCAAUAUCCACGUUCUGGGGCCUUCCAAAGUUAUAUAAAGUAGUUGGCGGGAAAGCAGAGCGUGUGUUUGAGUCAGAAUUACCUCGAAAAUCUAGCGUUUUACCUCACAAAAUGCCGACCAGAAGCAAGCGAUCGCUCGCAAGCAACGACAGAAAGUCUCCUAGAAUAUCCAAGCAAGCGAAGGUUGAAGUGGUCAUCGUUGAUAAGAGCCCUUCCAAGUAUUCCACUGCAAGCAGUGAUUCUAUUCCUAUCUCCAAGCUGAAGCAAAGAAAUGGAAAAGGAAGGGCAACAAGAACUAAGGAAACACCAGCUAGCAAGCAGCCCCCCAAGGAAGCCCAGAAAGUCCUUUUCUCUAAAAGUAGGAAGAUCAUCUCUAGUGAUGAAGAGGAUGAAGACUCCAGAGAUGAGAAGUCUAGUGAUGAGGAAUGGUCCAGUGAGGAGGAGACCUCCAGUGAGGAUGUAUCCAAAGAUGAGGAAGAGCUAUCCAAUGAAGAGUCAACAUCUAGUGAUGAAGAAUGGGGAGCUCGGGGUCCAGUUAAAAGAAAAAAGACCACAAAGCCGAUAAAGGCUGCAAAAGCUAAGAAAACUACAAAGCCACGUCCAAAGAAGGCAUCUGGGAAAGCAAAAGCGUGUCCAAAGGAUUCUGGGAAAGAUACAGAUGCCAUCAUUGGAGCGAACCUAGACAGUGACUCGGAUGAUGACAUUCCAUGUGCUUCUGCCGGGCAGUAUUUGUCGGAGUACGAGAAAAAGCGACUACAGAACAUCCAGGAAAAUGCAGCGUUCUUUGAAAGCAUUGACCUUCAGUCCGCAAAGAACAACCUCAGCGAUGUCUCCACCAAGAAGUCAGCUCGUCCAAGGGGACUGACAAGGAGGAAGUGGGAACAUCCAGAGGUGCCUCCACCACGCCCACGUUCCUUACGGUUACAGAACAAGAACCCAGAAGGAGUGCAGCUCCCUCCCAAACCUGAGCCUGUACCACUGUACCAGGACAUGCAUGUUGAAAGAGCUGGCCCAACCUAUAGGCACUUCUUUGUGCAAAAGCACAGCAGUGUCAGAAGAGGCCUGACAGGCAAACACAAAGGAACACCUUUUGGGCCUCGGAAGCCAGCAGGGCCGUUAGACAUGGCAGCCACCAAUGUCAAGGGCGACGGUAAGGGGCUGGCAGACAGUUUCCAACAGGAACUGCAUAGACUUGCUAAGACCCCCAUUCCCAAAGGUGAAGCAAAAGAGAGACUGACUGUAACUCAAGAGAGUUUCUUGAAGUCAGUACAGUCCAUGGCCAUUACAGAGGAGAGAGUGGCCAAAGUUACCCCUGAACGCAUUUUCUCUGUAGCUGUCCACCCCUCAACAACCAAGAUGUUAGUUUGUGCCGGAGACAAGUGGGGCAGACUGGGAUUGUGGGACGUGGAAUCCCAAGAGGGUGAGGACGGUGUCUACUCGUACAACCCGCACUCCCGACCAAUCAACUGCCUCCAGUUCUCUCCAGUGCACCAUGGGAAGUUGUACAUGUGCAGUUACGACGGCACCAUGAGGUGUGCCGAAUUUGAGAAGAACAUUUUCUCUGAGGUGUUCAGUACAGAAGAGGGGACUGACCAACUUGUGAAGUACUUUGACUUCCUGUCAGAGGAUGGCACCACUUGUCUGGUGGGACUGGGAGAUGGAGAUGUGGCUGUAGUAGACACCAGAACUAAGGGGACUGAGGCCGAGCACUUGUAUCCCGCACACGAUCGCACCAUCAAAACAGUCAGCGUACAUCCAACACAGAGGCACUACUUCGUAACGUGUUGCAAUGACAGCAAUGUGUACAUCUAUGACUUGAGGAACAUGAAGAAGAAAGGUAGCCAACAAUUCGUAGCCUCACUAUAUCAGCACACUCGGUCGGUGUCAUCAGCAUACUUCUCCCCGGCCAGCGGAAGCCGCAUCCUCACCACGUGUUUUGACGACAGAAUAAGGCUGUUUGACACCAAAGUGAUUGGUCAGCCAACAGUCAAGCCUCUACGUGAAAUCCGACACAACAACCAGACCGGCAGAUGGCUGACCCCGCUCCGUGCCGUGUGGGUCCCCGGCAGGGACGACCUUUUCGUGUCUGGCAGUAUGAAACAGCCAAGACAGAUGGAGCUGUUCGAUGACAAGUCGACCCUCCUCCACACCUACACAGAUCCUGACUACCUGACCUCCAUCUGCAGUAUCAUCGCCUUCCAUCCCACACAGUUCCUUCUAGCAGGAGGUAACUCCAGCGGAAGGAUGCACGUCUUCUCCGCAUCAAGUUUCUCUGCAACUUCUAAGAAAAGUCCAGGAUCUCCAAGAGUUGUGCUCAAGAAAAUGUCUGUCUAAGACAUAGUAUGGUGAAAGUAACAAGGUGUUCACACACUUCUAAGGGAGUCUUUACUGAACAGAAGUACCUCUCUCACAGAAAGAAAGAAUAGAAAGUAAGCAGACAGAAACAACUAGCUCAGUUGUUUGCAACAGUUGGCUGUGAUGAUAUCCUUCAAUGUUACAAUGUGUUUUGUUAUACUUUUGUUCCAUUAACAAAUGCUGGUAAAACAAGUGCGACAAAUAACGCUUACAUUUUUGGAGCUGAAAUAUAGGCAGUCGACAUGUAAACUUCCCUUGCUAUUCCUCAGGAUGUGCCUUUAUGUUAUUUCAGUUACUAAAAGUUGGCAUUGAAUCUAAUACAUUGAAUCCAGUACAUUGGAUAAUCCAUGAUCAUUCUAAUCUCUGAUACAAAUGUAGCUUUUCGCUAGGUAUACUUGAUAAAAAUGUUCCAGUUGUUAAGAUUGAAAUGUUUAUUUGUUCUGUUUCAAUUUGUAUUUGUAAAAGCCUUUUUUGUUAACUAAUAAUCACUUAGUUUGAAAAGCAAAUGUAGACACAUGUAGGUAAACAUAAAGCUGAUAAUGCUAUACAGAAAUGUCACACAAUUUACCUCACACACACAUUCCACUAUUAGUUUUUCCCUUGCGAGUUUUAAAAUCACCUAAUGAAAAUAGAAGGCAAUUGAAUUAAUAUCUAACUUUUAAUGCAUUUUUGUAUGAAUAAGUAAAGUUGUUCUUACUAAUGGGGUCAUUCAGUUUCAUUAUUAACUGUGAUUUGUAUCUGUUCAGUUCUUUAUUAAGCACUAUUGGAAUAUUAGUAUGCUCUUGUAGAUAGAGUAUCAGGUGUAUAUGUACAGAUGGAUGGUUUCUAUGACUUCAAAUUUUAUCACAACAGAUAAAUAAACGGCUUAUUUCUAAUAUACCUGCCUGACAUCA